CCUCUUUUGUUUAUUCAUUUCUUGUUCUGUAAAUUCUCUUCUACUCACAUUCUUCUAUAAUACCCACGUGUCCGUCGAACCCAUCCCCUCUCAUCCCGCCUUAUCACGUACUUCAUCCUCGCCGCCUCACGCCUUAGACGAAAACCCGAGACACUGGACAAGGCAGAAGCAUCACCUGUAACGGAAGACGGGAGUCAAGAAACCGGUGUGACAUAAUAUGCCUGGCACAUACCAGUCGUCAACACAACACAUACGACAGUGAAUAAGAGUGCUCGAGAAGAAAAGGUCGUGAGAGAAGGAGAGAAAGAGAGCCACCGCGCCACCUGCCGCUUGGCCCGACAUCCAUCGAUCCCCCCGCACCAUCGCUCAUCCCUCGCCAAGCACCGAUUAUAAUAUCGUAACCCCGCCUUCCUCCAUCUAUCCUCGAAUCCUGAGUAACGAGCGCGCUCAUCUGGGCCGCUCAACUGUGACAUGGCGAAAUACACUCUCAUCAAUGCCUGGGGUGGUACAGUGAUUUCUGCAACCACCCUGGUAUCAGCAACGUAUCUACUCACACUACUGUGGAAGCAAGGUACGGGAAAGCUGAGAGUCAGAUUGUUGAUGGGGAUGAUCAUCAGUGAUCUGGCCAUUGGUUUGGCAAUCCUACCGUCAGACAUCAUGUUCAUACUGAACAAGAAAAUCGCUACCGGCACUGCUGGAUGUAACGCAUUGGGAUUCGUCCUUACGACAAUCCUUUUCACGCAGCAUUUGUGGACUUUGGCCAUUGCCAUCGCUACUUUUCUGCUCCUGCGACAUCCUCUUUCACGCAUUACCAUGAUGGUAGAACGUUACUCCUGGCUGAUAGCUCCGGCUAUAUGGAGUCUUUCAAUACUGCACGCCGGUGUUUGGUAUGCCAAAGUAGGCUUUGUCAACACUGGGACACUCUGUUACUACGGCACAAAAUCUCACUCUCCCGAUUUGGACAGAAAUCUCUGCCAAUUCCUACCCAGAGCCCUCGUUUUCAUCCUCAUCAUCAUCCUCUACUCCCGACUAUUCAGAUUCCUUCGGCGACCAGACACUAUCCAACUCUCAUCCGCUACCGGGUCCAGACUAGGGGUCGAGACCGAACGAGCUCCCCCCAGUAAGAGAGGCAGCCACGUCCUUCGACCGUUAGCUCGAUUAAAAAGACUCAGCUCGUUCGGGCUCGAGUCAAACCAUCAGGUCAAAGAGGUAAUUCCCGAAGCCCCCUGGGAAGCUCUCGAAUUCAUCCAAGUGGGCAACUACAACCCUCUCACCAUGGAUGCGCCUCCACAGGCACCGCCUCAUUCAAUGUCCUACAACGAUGGGCUGUCGUUCAUGUCGCAUGAACAUGGGGGACCAAGCCGGCCUGCUUCUAUCCUUUCUUCCCCGACUUCGCAUCUGAGAGAUCCUUUUGCUGGUAUCAGCCCGAAUCCCUCCUCGUCGCGUUUGGGAUCUCUGUCUUCCGACAUAUCCCAGAGCACUGCUGUCACUCCUGGCGAGCCAUUCACUGCCGAGCUGCUGUACAAUGGCGGUCGUCGGAGAUCUAGUGCAUCUAGUGUCAAAUUCCUUGCACCGCCCAAUAUCAAGGGGAACGCUCUCAGUCCCAUCAUAUCUCUGGGACGCUAUGAAUCCAACAUCGUGGAGGAAAGUGUCGAUAGCGAAGGGAAAAUCUCCAAGGAGGAGGAGGUGGAGAUCGUGGAGAAAGAACAAACGAUGGAAGAGUUCUUCGCAGAGACUCAGGCGCCCAGAUUGGACGAGGGUCGGUCGGGGUCGUUUUCGGGAGCUGGGGGGCAAAGGUCUGCGGCGAGUUACUUCAAUCGCCAAGCAAGUCUCCUGAUGCUGUACUUUCCUAUCGCUGUAAGUCUUUAAUAUGUCUAAGUCCAUAUACAGCCUGACCGAUUACCAACAGUACAUGUUUGUGUUUUCGGCAUCGCUCUACAGGUUGAUCUACAAUAUGGUGAAAGGAGAAGCCAGCCCUGUGCUCAGCAUCAUAUCGAAUUGGAUGGUACUCUCAGUAGGGCUCAUUGACGCGUUUGUAUAUGGCAUUGCAGAGUUUAUGAUCAGAAGAAGAGUGAGAAGAAAGAUGCCGGAUCGUAUAUAGGACUAUAAUAGAGUGGCUGCAGCUUCUUGGGUAUACGUCGGGCGCGACGAGGUCAUGCAUGGACUCACUAUCGGUAUCGCAGGACUUAUGCUGGCCAGUCUGUUGCUUUUUUCUUGACUUGAUUGAUGGUG